UGUGUGUAGACAGCGUACGUCGUGCAAAAUGGUCCAAGUCUCAGUAUCGGAGCCGUUUUUGAUCUCUGAGAUUUCCUCUCGCUAUUUCGUAUUUGAUGUCAGCACAGUCACACACAUGAGGUCCAAACACCACAUCUGCGGAGUUCUCAUUGGCAACAUCCCACAAGCUACGCAGCAGACGGUUUUCAGCGGAAUUCCUCUAGAGCUGAUGCCUGAAGAGGCCAGGCUGUUGGUUGAAAAAGGCCAUGCUUUUAUUGCCGAUGAUGUUGCGGGACAUGCGAGUAAUUUGGCCAAUUUGAAUCCAGAAGAAAAGAAAGCUUUCAUUGCAGAACUUGAGCGCGAAGGACUCGAAGGUGCUCAGAUGCAGCGGCAGCAGUCGCUUCAAAAAAAACAGGCGCACUUGAAACGAGCUGGGUCUAGCAUGGAAGCUAUACAGAGCUCUAAGAUCGAACCCCUGCGGCUCACACCGACAACAUCCUAUCCACCAUUACAUGCGUCACCCAUUCCAGACCUGCCAAAAGUCCCUUCAUCGUACCCCUUGUUUGCCCACCUGCAUGAGAAAGGAUAUUUCAUGGGACCAGGCUUGCGAUUUGGAUGUCAGUAUGUCGCUUAUCCUGGAGAUCCACUUCGAUAUCACAGUCAUUUUCUGGUUACCAGCUAUGAAUGGGACGAAGAAAUAGAUUUACUAGACAUUGUUGGUGGGGGGCGGCUGGGGACGGGAGUCAAGAAAGGCUACAUGAUUGGAGGCGCAAGAGCCAAAGACGAUGUGAGAGCUUUUACAUUCGAAUGGGCAGCUAUGUAAAUGAUUUCCCAGCAGUGAACAUAGCUAGGAAGUACACGAAGGCCGGCUCCACAGAACUGUAGUUGACCAUAUCGCAUGGUCACUAUCAGGCUUUUUGUACAUGUUCGCUCCCGAAAGGCUAGUCCAUGCAUAUUGCAGAAGUGCACAUCAUUCUCAAAACGAACUAGCCGAUGAAACAGGAUCGCAGUCCUGGGUACGUUUGUUUUCUGAGUACGAAAUGGAUGGGUAACCUAGCAGCUGCUGUGUUGCUAUAUAGGCUUUGGGCAGCGCAGUGUCGCCUUGAUCAGUCAGAUAGGGGCCGUUAUGAUCUGCACUGAGAUUUUGGGGGGUUUAAAAUUCAGUAUCAUCGAGAUGAGGUUGUGUCAGGGAGUAUCCUGCACACAGAGGGGGUGCUGGAGUCGACACUUGCAUUCCACCUAGGCAUUACCUUGAACGAGGUUUUGCCCCCGAUGUUUAGGUAGACUUUAAAACAGCACUUGUUCGUAAUUGAUCGGCAAAAGGAAGAAAGUUACGACCUUGGGGAGCUGUUCCCAAAGUGUCAAGCAACAAUUGAGCGUCACAGCC